UGGGGGGGGGGGGGGGUAACUUUUUUAAUAUAUAGUAAGCGAGCAUUGGGCUACAUCCCUCCUAAAUAGCUUGGGUUAUACAAAAUUAGUUAAAAUUAAACUUGGUGACAAUGGAAACUUACAUUUUUCUUCUUCUAAAUUUCAGGUUCUCAGCAGAAACAAAGCAUAGUUUGUUUUAAUACUGACAAAUCUAGGAAACAUGCAGUCGAAUCAAGGUGGUCGCCCUACCCCAGCACCAAUUUUCAACCAUAAGAAACGACAGCGCCAGGCCAUGUUUGCCGAUCCACUGUCUAGUGGUACUUUAACAAGCAGCACAAAUUGUUCAGAGCUUAUGCCAGUGGAUGGAUUCAAUAGAAAAAAUGGUGGAAACCCAAAUGCCAGUGCUUUCAGUCACAAUCAGUUCUCUAGAAAUAAUGCUGGUGACAGAGGUCAAUUCAACUACAGCUGUGCCAACAGUAUGUUUAGUCAGCAAGGUAAAACCAAAUACAGCAGCCUCAGUGUGAAUAAUGCUACCAGUCAGCGAGGAUCUAACCAGCAAAAUAUCAGUCGUGGCGGUGGUAAUAACCGUGGAUUUGGUGGCAGUCAUCAGCUGUGCCCAUCCAGUAAAGUUGUACAAAGGCAAUGGCAGCCUCAGAGAGGCCAAAGUCAGAGUCACUUAUUUAAUGAAGACAUGGAUGAUGUAUUUGAUUCCACUAUGGACGACGGCUUUGAGAGCAAUCCUUCAAAUCAGUGGGGACAAUCAAGGAAUACAACAUCUUCAAUAAGUAACCAGUACAAUCAUAGACAACAGACAUGGGGUAGUGUCAGCAAUUCAAGUAUGUCAAACAGAGCUCCAUCCAGUGGAAGACCCAAACCACCGAGUACUUCCAGCAUGAACGUGUGGGGAGGAGCACCAGCACAAGCUAGUCCAGUAGCAGCUUGUCCUGUACCCCAACAGCUGCCAGCAUUUCCACGCAGUAACAAGAACCAGUUUAAUGCACAGCAGUCGCUGUAUACAAAUUGUGAACGAAACCAGAAUAGGGUUCCAAAUGCAACAAAGCCUGCAGCACAAGGGAGUAAUCAGUACAAAAAAGCAAAAGUUGCGGAGGUGGACAAAAGUUUGAAAGUCUUAACACUGGCAACAAGCAGCAUCAAGAAGUGGCAUCAAAUGAACAUCCAACUCUGUCCUGUAAUAUUUGAAGUUUAUGGCAUCAUUGAUUCUGCCGUUCUAAGAGAUAAAACUGGAUUGGGGAAAGAGUUUCUGUUACGAGAUGAAGAGGAUAAACUGCAUUGUGUUUUCUAUGAAAUUGACCGUGAGCUACCUAGACUGAUUCGUGGCCAGUGGCAUAGGUGUGUGGGUUCUCUCGACAGUCGGACUGGUGUUAUGAAGUGUGUAUCAGUGAGGCCAGCCUCAAACGAAGAGAGACAGAUGGCAAAGUCAGUGAUGCAAGCCAGUGAGAAAACACUGACCCGUUUAAUACACUACAGCAGAGAGCCAUAGCUUGAUCGAUCAGCUACUGUAUCACAAUAAGUCAGAGUGAUUGUCUCUCUUCUUCUUAAGUGAAUGGGUAAACCGAGUUUAUUGUUAAUGAGAGUUAACAGGACAUUCUACCUUUGAUCCUUACUGAAUUUGUUACUUAGGCUUGCGACUCAGGUUGUUUCAAAAUGUACAUAUUUCAAGUGAUGUGUUGAUCUGUUCACAUAUCAGUUAAGCGAAUUUAAAAUGAUGUGAAUCACCAAACAGUCCCCACCUGGUGAACUGUUACAUUUAAUAAAAGUAAUGUCUCUGUUGAAAACCACAAGUUUAAAAUCUCAACAUUUCGUCAACUAAAUGUUGACAUCGUCAGGAGAAAACUUUAGAUAUAUUUUUGGACACUUAAAGCAUAGCACAUCAAAAUACUAUCAUUGAAAAAUCAGAUUUGAAACAUAAAAUUUAGUACAAAAUUAAUGUACAUAUAUGUUACGAUUAGAUAACUCACCAGUUACGCAAAUAUAAUUAAUGUAAUCAAACAAAUUAUUACCAAAGAUGAAACUCAUGUGAACCAACCUCAUGUUACCUAAAAUAUUGUCCCCAGUUGUAAUCACAUUUGUACCUAAGUGGCAUAUCUAUUGUAUACUGAUUUAAAUUAUUUAAUUAAAACUUUAGAACAGUUAAUUGUUUUAGCUAUGUACUGAGACAUGCAUCAAUACAUGGCUUACAAUAAUUUACAUACCCAUUAUUGACAGGUGCAGGAUGUUGACGCAAUUCUGUUUGUUACUGAUUAGUAUAUUUAUAACACAAAUGUGAUAUUAUUUAAAAUAGAAUAUUUGAUACAUAGUUUUUUUUUUAAACAUUUUAAUCUUUUUCUUGUUUUAUAAAUGUUCUGUGAUCUCUGGUUAGAACACACAACAAAUGAAAAGAUGUGAUACCAUAUAUGUGUACUAUGAUCGUGAUAAUUUGUUUAUUUUGUUUUAUAUAUAUCUAAGCAUUGUCAUUAAUUAUUAAAAAUUAAACAGAAACUAAUAUUUUAACAGGGUUCAUAUGCAUCCUUAAAUUCCUUGAAAAUACUUAAUUUUAGGAAGCUGUUUUACAAUACUUGAAAGUCCAUAGAAAUUGUGAUUUUUGCACUUUGUCCUGGAAAUUUUUGUUUUGUUUAACGAUAGCACAUUGAUUUAUUAAUCAUCGGCUUUUGGAUGUUAAACAUUUGGUAAUUCUGACACGUAGUCAUCAGAGUAAACCUGCUACAUUUUUUCUAAUGCAGCAA